UUUCUUUGAAAUAACUACAUCAUUCUCUUUUGAGAUAUAUCAUCUCUUACAACAAAAAAUUGUAGCAAUAGAAGAGAAGCCUAGUUUUUGUUUCUGCAAGGAUGACCACCGUGACAAAGUUAAAUUUGUUAUUACUAGAGUACCACCGCUGCUCACCGCCGUUGAGGAGCUGCUUUCUAGGGAAUAUAGAUGUCUGUAGUCCAUACAUCGUGAAGGAUUUAGGUCGGAUCGGGCUGAAACCAUGCAGGGCGUUUAGGUCACAGAAUGGAAGUGAAGAAGUUGGAUUUGAGAAGAAAAUUAAGUAUUGGUGGGAAUCCCAAAAAGGUAUUAAUGAUCUGGUCAGGCGUUUCAGGUUUGCUCUUCGGAGCGGCUCUAAGCCCAGAUUAAGGUCAGAUGUUAAACUUAGGGAAGCUUUGGAGAAAUUGGAGGAGAACUUAUUCUUGUGGGCUCUUUACGUUGGGAGAUUUAUGGUAACGAUGAUGAGUACUGGAGCCAUAUUGUUUAUAGGAUUUCAAUUGUCAGGUGGGGAUGAACAGAUGAUUGAAGUGAUAUGGUAUAGCUGGCUCGGAGGAAUCAUUAUUGGGACAAUGGUUGGGUGCAAUAUGGUAUUGGAGGAAGCCAGUCGAGCUGGUUCGCGAAAUGUUGUAAUAACCGGAAGUACACGGGGAUUAGGGAAAGCUCUGGCUCGGGAGUUCUUACUUUCUGGAGACCGUGUUGUUAUUACCUCUCGCAGCCCAGAAUCAGUGGAUAUGACUAUCAAAGAGCUAGAAGAUGAUCUAAAUCAAAUCAUGAGAACUACAACAGGUUCAUAUAAGAAAAAGUGGGAUCAUGCAAAAGUGCUAGGAAUUGCAUGUGAUGUCUCUCAACCUGAAGAUGUUAGGAAACUGGGAAAGUUUGCAGUUGAUGAGCUUGGUACCAUUGACAUUUGGGUAAACAAUGCUGGGACAAACAAAGGGUUCAGGCCUUUAUUGGAUUUCACUGACAAUGACAUUCGAGAAAUAGUGUCAACAAACCUUAUAGGAUCCAUUCUUUGCACUCGAGAAGCGAUGCGGAUCAUAGGAUCUCAAAGUAAAGUGGGUCACAUAUUCAAUAUGGACGGUGCUGGUUCUGGAGGGUCUAGCACUCCUCUGACUGCUGUGUAUGGGUCAACAAAAUGUGGUCUGAGGCAGCUUCAAUCAUCACUGUUCAAGGAGUGCAAGCAAUCAAACAUUGGAGUGCAUACUGCCUCCCCUGGGAUGGUUCUGACCGACUUGCUUUUAAGUGGAUCAAGUGUUAAAAACAAGCAGGUGUUCAACAUCAUAUGUGAGCUCCCGGAGACUGUCGCUCGAACUCUGGUGCCACGGAUGCGAACUGUAAAAGGAAACGGGAAGGCUAUAAACUAUUUGACCCCGCCAAAGAUAUUGACUGCUUUGGUUAGUGCAUGGCUAAGGCGAGGUCGUUGGUUUGAUGACCAGGGAAGAGCAUUGUAUGCUGCAGAGGCAGAUAGAGUCCGAAACUGGGCGGAGAGCGGUGCACGAUUGCCAUUCCGAGAUGCCAUGGAGAUGAUGUACUCUGAGGAUACUUGGAUUUCUCUCUUUUCUCUUUCUGUCCUUUGCGCUUUUAUCAUCCUCUCUACCACCACCACCACCAAGUAUCCUGGCACCUAGAUUAUUGCUAACUAGAUUGAUUAUAUGUCAAAUGUUUUUACGUAAUAUAGAUUGAUUAUAUGUCAAAUGUUAUUAUGUGUAAUAGGAAGUUUAAAGCAUUUGUGCUGCUGCCGCUGUGUGUUAGCAAUAUUUAGUCAUAAUGCAGGUUACAAAUCAUCACCUUUUGUACAAAUUCCAGAACACGCACCAGAAGCACUCAAAUUCAUAAAAUAUCAUUCGUGCUUCCACUCCUUGAUGAUCCACCAAAGUUUGGUUCCUAUGUAUAUAUGUAAUGUGAAAAAAUGAUCUGUAUUAUGAUUAUUAUAUGUGCUUCGAUUGCAAAGAUGGAUUCACGUGUCUCGUCCGACAGACUACAUCUGCAAGUCAUGAUUAAAUGUUUAAUGAUAAUGUAUUAUACAUUUAUACUUCCAAAUUUAUUCAAUGGUGAAUUUCA